AUUUGCCCUCUUGUUUGGAUACGGUCAAUUACUUUUACCACUAUGGUGUUCUGAAAAAGUUCGUUAUAAAAUAAUUAUUUGAAUAUUAAAUAAAUAGAGACUGACUCGUUGUACGGUACACUGAUACAUGAAAACCUUUUUCUGCUAUGUUACACACCAAAAUCUGGUACAAAUAACUACAUUAUUUUUACAUUGAUAUGAAACAAUCUUGCCGGUAGUUAUCAAGGUUGCGAGAUAGGGAUAUUUAUAAAAAUAAUACGUAGUUUUAUUUUCGUUAUUCCGGUAAUGAUUGCUCGUCAUAAAAAAGUUGUUCUGUUUUCUCAUACAUUUUUAUAUCACAUAAAUUGUAUAAUGAAGUGUUUACAAAAUAUUUUGGCAAUAAAUAAGUGUCAAUUCGAUCUUUAAAAUUGUGACGGUCAAAAAAAUAAAUGCUCUUUUAUAAUAUUCCAAAUUUAAAUUAGGUCAUGGCGUUUUUAAUCAUUAUCCAUUACGCACAUUUAUAUUCUUAUGUAAUGAAUAAAUAUUUUUAUAGGCAAACACUUGUCAGUUUUAAAACGUUAAAUAAAAAUACGCACAGAUUUGAACAACCUGUAUAUUUUUUCAUGGCUUUCCAAAGUUUCCACGUACAAGCGGUUACUCUCGGGCGCUACUGUUUGAAAGACGUGUGCGGACGGUUAAAACAAAACGUAUUCCAUUUUUACUAUGUUGACAGUCGAUAAUAACACGGACAGCGAUGAUAUAUAUUCAUCGUAUGGGAUCGGCCUUUCGUUAUAUGACGAGAUGAGUAAUUUCGUUGAGAGUGAUUUAAUUAAGAGUAUACUCACUUUGUUCCUCGGUACAUCUAUGGUAUUUAGUUUAGUUGGGAAUAUGUGCACUUGUGCAGUUAUAGCAAGAGAUAAAACCAUGCGGACUCCUACUAACUGUUAUCUUCUGAAUCUUGCUAUAUCUGAUCUCAUGAUAACUGUGUUUGUUCCUAUUGAAUUGUAUAUAAUUUGGGUGCCAGAUUAUUAUCCGCUUGGCGAAGAAGGUUGCAGGAUACACUUUCUUCUUUGGGAUCUUCUGAGUAACUGUAGCGUUCUAACGAUCCUGGCUUUCACAAUAGAGAGAUACCUUGUUAUCUCGAAGCCUUUUCUACGACAAAGACUCCUCUUGACUUCGCGUAUAUCCAAAAUAUUAACAUUGACCUGGGUGGUUUCUUGUAUAUUCUCAUUUCCAAGUGUGUACUCCAUUUAUUUCAUAGAGAGAAAACAAAACGUGUAUUGUGUCUUUACCGUGUCCGAGAGAGAUAAAGUUUUUUACAUAGCUAUCGAGUUGUUGGUGUUCUUCUUUUUCCCGAUGACUGUUAUAUUCGUGCUAUUUAUUAUGAUAGUUCACAAAUUAAAAACAACCGAACCGAAAUCCAGAGCUAAUCCAGCUAUAAGUCAUCACAAUAGAAAUAAAGCGGUAAAGAUGUUGGCUGCUGUGGCUGCCUCGUUUUUCAUCUGCUGGUCCCCGUACGCAGUACUUCGUAUGAUGAUUGUCAUACCCAAUUUAAGUUACGAGGAAUAUAACGAUCUAUGGCGUGCCUUCGUAUAUUUAAGCUCUAUAAACAGUUACAUGUCCACCGCAAUCAACCCGAUACUUUAUAGCCUCAUGUCCAGAAAGUUUCGACAAGCAUUUAAAGAUCUACUCAAAGGAAGAAAAGUACGGAGAAUGACGCUAACAAAAAAUAUUCAAAUACAUUCAAAUGUCUAACAUUUAUUGAAAAUAACCGGUAGGGAAGGUUACGAUGUCUAUAUGAAGUCAACAUUGAAGGUUUACAAAGUAAUUAUUUUAGAUUAUUCGAAGUAUUCAAAUUCCAUACUUCCAUUUUUUAUUACGACUAUUGGUUACUUCUGUAGAUAUAAUAUACUAU